ACUGUCAUUUUCAGUUACUGUUUUUUUUGAUGGCCUUUUUGGUGGGUUGAGUUUAACCCAAAAACAAAUGUUGGCAUUGCCGAAAAUGUCUUCAAGUAAGUCCAAUUGCUGAAAAGUCAAAAGUUUCAAAAUAAUUGAAGAACGAGAAAGUAAUUUUUUUUGGAUUCCUGGAAGAAAACUGAAAUGCAUAAGUGGAAUAACUAGGAAGCAGCUCUGAGUGAUGAUGCUGUGUGAGGUCAGAGGUCAGAGAAAUGGGAUAUUUCAGGAGUAAGUAGAUUAGCUGGUAAAUCUGGAGCGGGUCUGAAAUAGCUGCUUUAUUCACUCUUUGGCUUGAAGUGAGCACAGAACAGCAGCAUUAACUCAGACUCUUGCUGUUUGAAAAUGAGCAGGACGUACAGCCGAUCUGGAUGGAUCCGUAAGAAGAUUGUGCAUCUUAAAGGAAGGCAAAAUAAAUGAUAUAGUGUCAUUUGCUUUUGAUUCUUACUACGAGAGCGUGUAUGAUCGAGGGGCAGGUUAUCACUUCAGCUGUGGAUUCAAUGGAUCGAAGAGAAAGUAACAUUGAUUUUCUGUAGCAGUUUUUGGAUAUUGCCAUGGAGGAGGGAGUAUUAUGGACUUUGUGACGGGUUCCAGGGUUCCCAGAGCCAAAUACACAAUGGUUCGAGAGGCGCUGUGUUACCUGAUCCCCUAUCAUAUGCAGUGCUCCAUGGGAUGUGGUGGACUGGCCUGCAAGUACGAGGACCCUUCGCACUGGAGUGAAGACGAUCAGGCCAUCAGAGGAAUCUACUCGUCUUGGAUCACCGACAAUCUGCUGGCCAUGGCCCGCCCUUCCACCGAAAUCAUUGAAAAAUUUUACAUAAUAGACCAGUUUUUGAGAUGUGGUUUGAAGACCGUUAUUAACCUCCAGUGCCCUGGCGAACAUGCCAGCUGUGGAAACCCACUGGAUCCCGAGAGCGGCUUCACUUACCGGCCGGAGACAUUCAUGGAGGCUGGCAUAUAUUUCUACAACUUUAGAUGGAAUGACUAUGGUGUGGCGUCUCUCACAUCCAUCUUGGAUAUGGUGAAAGUCAUGUGUUUUGCCAUCCAAGAAGGCAAGAUGGCUGUUCACUGUCAUGCAGGGCUUGGCAGAACAGGUGUGUUGCUGGCCUGUUUCUUGUUGUUCACCACACAGAUGACAGCAGACCAAGCCAUUCUGUUAGUUCGAAGCAAACGAUCAAACUCGAUCCAGACUAGAGGACAGCUCCAGUGCGUCAGGCAGUUUGCUCAGUUCCUGGUUCCGCUAAGGAACGUGUUUGCUAACGCCGAGCCUAGAGCGCCGCCUGUUACUCUUUCACAAUACUUGAUCCGCCAGAAACAUAUACUGCACGGAUACGAGGCUCGGAAGUUGAGAUACGUGCCAAAGCUCGUCCCUCUCAUCUGCAGACUCCUACUGGACAUCGCAGAGAAUCACCAGGUUAUCAAGGAGGACGUUGUUGAGGUUCCUGACGUCACAUCUGUGGUAGAGAAAACAUUUAAUGAGAGUUCAGUGUAUCAGUUAAACGGAGAGAUUUUGGGAAAUGGGAUGUCUAUGAUCAGACCACGUCUUCCAGGUCUACCCCGAGCCAAUAGAGGCAACACACAACCUCUUUACUAUGUCCGCAAGAGCCUCAGCUACAGCGAGUCUGACCUCCAGAGGUUAGCAGCAUCUUUAAACCUCUCGGACAACCCUCUCGGGGUUUUAGCCAGCAUCCACUCAACUACCAUCAACGAUCAGUUGGGAGCUUUCAGCUGUGUUUCCCAGAACUACAUCACUCCUUCUCUGGGGGCUUGCAAGCACAAUCCCAUCUACAGCUCAACCAGCAAUAUAUGGGAGCUGAAAACUCUUAUGGACCAGACAGAAGGAUCUCCACUGCUCAAAACCAGGAGGCAGUCGGUCCUGCAGCGAAGUCAAUCUCUAGACGUUUCAGAUAAGAAAAGCACCACGAGCAUCACCAGAAUAUUGUCCUACUGGAGGACAGACUGCAAGCAAAGUACUGACCCUGAUGAGGCUCAACACAAUGAAAAAGAGCAUUCGGAGGUGCCCUUCAUCACUGUCCAGUCCGAGUUGUCUCUGGAGUCGCGUCACCUCCUGGUGGCUCAGUCCCUUGCGGUAGACCUCGAGAAGGAUGGAGAGAAGGAGCAAAUUCAGAAGGUGUCUACUUGGCAGGCAGAUCUUAAUCGUCAAGGUGCGUGGGAGCGACUGUGUUUGGAAAAAGACCCAUUUAUUCUCUCUGGAAUCAUGUGGUCCUGGCUGGAGCAGCUCAAAGAGCCAAUCAUCUCAGCUCAUGAUGUUCACACACUAACAGAGACCAGUCAGGACCCCCAAACUGUGCUCAAUUGCCUAGAUAGGGCUUCAAGAGAAACAGUGAUGUGCAUUCUGGACUGUUUCGCUCAUUUAUUGAUGACAACGGAGGAAAUCGAGAGUGCUUUUCUGGAGCGAGCGACAAAAGCUUUCACAAAGAUAAAAAACACAGAUGGUGGGAAGAGCGUCCACAAAAUCAUGAACGGGGUCUUGAAGCUUGUUCUGCAUCGUUUGAGGUUGGCUGCCAUGAACGAGUUUGAGGUCUAACACAUGCAACAAUCACUAAACUACAGUUAACUACAAAGAGAAUGAGUUCAUUUACUGUACAUCUUUGUCCGACAUCAAAGACGAGCUCUACACAUCUGCUGCUGCAGUUUCUUUGGUUGUUCCUCCGGUCUCGGUUCAGAUGAGGAAUCCAGCAUGUGAUUUAGCCCACAGAUAGACUGAACUAUAAUUGUCCCAUUUUUAGAAGUUAGAAAAUGUUUUACAUGGUGAAUUGUUUGAUGUAAAUGAAAUACCAUACACUGUAUAUUAUGUGCCAUAGUGCUAAUACUUGAAAAGCAUUGCAACUGAAACCAUUUUUGUACCAUGUUUGUACAGUUAUUUGUAAUAAAAUAAAUAGAUUGCACACAACUAGAAAUUAAAUCUUCAUCUUCAUUUUACAUUAGCAUAAAGA